CUGGUUUAUCUUUGUACAGGUCUGCCCUGAUCAGCUGUAUAAACAACGUGAUAGAACAUUAUUCGUGGGACUGUCCUAACAUCGGUUAGACGCAGAUACAAUGUCUGACAGCUCUGAAACGCCCCAGAAGACAUUGAAGAUGGACCAUAAGGUGUUUAAUGAUCCCAUCCACGGGACGGUGGAGUUACACCCACUUCUCAUCAAAAUCAUCGACACACCUCAGUUCCAGAGACUGAGAAACAUCAAGCAGCUUGGAGGGGCCUACUUUGUUUACCCUGGAGCAUCCCACAACCGCUUUGAGCACUCCAUUGGGGUGGGGCACUUGGCAGGUCAACUUGUUGAAGCUCUGCGUACAAGGCAGCCGAAACUCUACAUCGAUGACAGAGACGUCCUUUGUGUGAAGAUUGCUGGUCUCUGCCAUGACCUGGGACAUGGACCCUUUUCUCAUCUGUAUGAUCAAAUGUUCAUAACCAAAGUACAACCAAAAACUGAGUGGAAGCAUGAAGACAACUCUGUAAAGAUGUUUGACCACCUGGUGGAAUCUAAUGAUCUGGAGCUGGAGAUGAAGAAUAAGUAUGGUCUGACUGAUGAUGACUUGAAUUUCAUCAAAAAGUUGAUUGAAGGACUGAAGGACCCUACAAAAGUCCAGUGGUCAGAGAUUGGUCGGACAGAGGACAAAUUCUUCCUGUUUGAAAUCGUGGCCAACAAAACAAACGGCAUUGAUGUGGACAAGUUUGACUACUUUGCCAGGGACUGCUACCACCUGGGCAUGAAGAACAACUUUGACCAUCUCCGCUUCAUACAGUUUGCCAGAGUGAUUAAGGUGGAAAAAGACGGGCUGAAUCACAUCUGCAGUAGAGACAAGGAGGUGGGCAAUCUGUAUGACAUGUUCUACACCAGGAACUGUCUCCACAGAAGAGCCUACCAGCACAGAGUGAACAAGAUCAUAGAGUAUAUGAUCGCAGAGGCCUUUUUAAAAGCAAACAAGCAUAUCAAGAUUGAAGGCUCAGGAGGGAAAGAGUUCACUCUCUCUACAGCCAGAGGUGACAUGGAGGCCUACACCAAGCUGACAGAUCAUGUGUUUGAACAAAUACUCGAGCUGGAUGAGGCAAAAGUCCCUAACUCUUCCUCUGUGGAGCAGGCUGAGGCAAAGAAGCUGGCUGAGGCAAAGGAGAUUCUAGAAAGGAUCAUCUCUCGAGACCACUACAGGUUUCUGGGUGAAAUCAAGGCUAUACAAGUCCCGACCUUGGAGAAGAUUUGCGAUUGGAAAAAGGAAUUGGAUCAAGCGAGACAGAAUGUUUGUCCUGUAGAUCAUGAACUUGAACCAAUACUCAACCCCUUCACUGAGAAGACGGCUAAGGCAUGUCGAACUCUAUCUGAUGCCAUCUCUCAAACCCUCCUCCAAGAAUUUCCAAAAGAAACCCAGCCAGGGAAACCCACAGAGGAGACGUAUCGUCGUUGGGAAAGGGAAUUGGCUGCAGCCGUCCCUAAGGGAGGUGAUGGGGGUGUCACGCUGACAGCAGAGGACUUUGUAGUUUUAGUCACUACUUUUGACUAUGGAAUGAAAGACAAGGACCCCAUCAAGAAUGUGUAUUUCUACAACAAGAUAAACUGUGACAUAGCAUUCACCAUCCCCAAAGACCAGGUGUCCAAGCUUCUCCCAGAAUGCUUUUCUGAGCAGCUGAUCAGGGUUUACAGUAAGAAGAAGAAGACUGAUGACCAAAGUCUGAAGGCUGCCAAGAAUCACUUGCUCAAGUGGUGUGAACAGAAGGGCUUGCCAAAACCUCAGUAGGGAGACACUGCAACACUGGAAGUCACCCCUGGGGGAAAUAUCCAGAACAACCCACCAGAUGUUUUGGGAAAUAGAGAUUAAAAGUGAAAAAAGAAGAUUGAUUCUAUAAGGUGGAUUCUGAAUGUGACAGGUUGUCGUUGCAAAUGAGAAAUUGUUCUCAAUCGACUUACCUGAAUAAAUAAAGGUAAAAAAAUAAAAAUAAAAAAUGAGCACAGUGUAGUACUGGACUAGACCAUUUCUCUCCAAAAACAAAUGAUUUCAGAGUACCAGGAUACAUUACUGCAUGUUUGGGUCAUAUACUCAGUUUCUUUAGAGCCCUGUUCAACAUUGAACACAUAUCUUUGUUUUAGUUUGAUCAUUAAACACACUUUAAAUGUCUUGGUCUAAACUGAAGCAUAUUUUAGAUAAUUGUUUUUUAUCAGUCACAUUUAGGCUUCUCUGUGUAUUCUGUGUGUAUUCCUUACAAUCAGGGCACGCUAUAAAGCACUACCCACAUGGAGUGGAGUUAAAGUGAAUAUUUAAAUUGUGGAUUAGGGAUUUUGAAUAUUAUGAAGGUUUUUGGUUUUUAUGUUAAUCUGUGUGAAUUGAUGUGAUAAUCUGAUUAUAUAUUAUAUAUGGUUAGCUCUGAUUUGGGAAUCACUUUGUAUUGCAUCUAUCAAAUGAAAUAAGAAUUAUGAUUACUAUAACCAUUAUGAUAACAGUAUACUCUAGCCCAGUGGUGUCAAAAUAAUUUUAGUUCAUGGGCCACAUCCCCCUAAUUUGAUGUCAAGUGGGCCGGACCAGUGAACCACUCCAGAAAGAUCAGAAACUGUAUCUGCCACAGAGUUACUUGUCAGCUUGAUGUCGGCAAAUGCAAGUCUCUUCUGCUACGACGGUGUUCUAAGGCCGUUGUAGGAAAAAAAUAAUGUUACAGACCCGGGAGAGUCUGUACUGUCCUGGCCCACGGGCCGUAUGUUUGGCACCCCUGCUCUAGCCUAUAUCACUGUUUCUCACUGUACUCAUACUAUAUAGCUCAACUUGCUUUGUUCAAUGUAACCAUCACAGUGUGAUUAAGAUAAGCUUUCAAUAUUGUUGUGUUUUGCUCAUAGAGUGAAACUGUAUUAGAUUAUUAAUAUAUAUUUGGGGCUGUAAAGGGAAAUCUAUCUAAUCUAAUCUAUUAGAACCUUUCAACUGUAUCCCUAAUGAGAAAGGUUGAUGACAGAUUGUACCUGCUCUAUUUGAAAUAAAACUCUUGUUUGUC